UUUUUUCUUCUGAAAAAGGAAUUAAUGGAUUGUAUAUAUAGGGUUCUCAAACGACUUAAUUCAGAAAAACUGCGAGCUAGGUUGUUUCUUUGUAGUCAUCUCUCCGGAAAUAAGUUUUCUUGUUGACAUUGAUUUUACCAAGAAGUAGGUGGAGGAGCAUUUCGAUCAUUUCCAUUACUAAAAGAGAGAAAAUAUGGGUUCUCUUCCUAUAAUAGGGAUACCUUAUAGAGCAGCCAUGAGUGGAAAUUGGAAAAGCAUGCUUCACCAUUAUCGGGAACGUGUCCUACAUGUGCCCUUCCCAGUUACGCUCUCUGAGGAUACUGCACUUCAUUUGGCUGUGUACAGCAAACAAGAGCAACCACUUAAAGAUUUACUUGAAAUCGUGAAUGAUAUGGAAUUCCUUGUACCUAAUGAGACAGAAUCCCUUGUAACUGUGACAGGGUCCAUUCUACCUGAGAUUGAAUUUCUCAAGAGAAAAAACAAAUUUGGAAAUACGGUUCUUCACGAGGCAACCAUCUACGGGAAUUAUGAGGCUGUAAGACUCUUGGUAGAUAGUAAUUGUGAAGACCUCCUUAAGGAAACAAAUAACUACGGUGAAACCCCAUUGUUUACAGCCGCUGGAUUUGCUGAGGCAGAAAUAGUGGAGUUUUUAAUCCGUUCCAAACCACAACAAUGCGUGGAUGAUAAUGGUCACCUGUUAUCAAUUCACAUCAAGCGAACGAAAGAUGACCUGUCCAUCCUUAGCAAUGCUAUCAGAGGGCAACACUUUGAAACAGCUUUACUGUUGCUAGAACUGGAUGACUCGCUCCACAAGUUGAAGGACAAAGACGGCGUAACUGCUCUUCAACUUCUAGCCCAAAUGCCAACCGCUUUUGAGAGUGGAUUUCCCAUGGGCAUAUGUGGAAGACUCAUCUACUGCUGCCUUCCUGUUAAACGUCACCACGAGGUAAAAUCACAGGUAGAAACUUGGCUCGAGGAAAGAAAAAGAGAUCUUGAGAGCGGUCAAGGGAGGAACUCUGAAGAUCUGGGGAGCGGCUCGGAGAGGAAUCAAAGAGGCGGCAUACUCAAAUAUUUAAAGGUCCCUAAAGGUAUUGGACACAAUUGAGGCCUGUUCUUUUGGUUUCAAGGCUAGGUGGUAUUAUAUAUAUAUUGAGCUACCUUUGUAUAUCGAUAUUAAAAUUUCAUGGCUCGAACAAAUAUUUGAAUCCGAUAGCCAAUGUUAGUUUGAA